AUGGACACCAUACUGAGUUUUGUUCCACCACAACUUGUCACUCACCAUGACGCGUUUGCAUCCUAUAUUGCGGACCAGCCGCCGCACAACCACCGAAUCAGCAUGUCGCUGCGCAAACUAUCGCAGUUUACCCUCGUACACUUCAUGGAGCUGUCUACAGAUAUCUACGAUGAGCUUUUAAGGCGGGUUGACCCUAGUUAUGGUCCCGGUGAACACCUGCCGCCGCGUCAAGACAUCCAUCCAAAGCGCAAUCAUGCCCGCUACCAGUUGGGAGACCUAUCAGAUGAGAGGUUUGGUGACAUGUGCAAAGAUUUAAUGGCUGAGCAGGAGCGUAGGUUUCCUGAGUUUAUUGAAUACGAGAUCCAGAAGGAGACAGAGGCAGCGGGCGCCGAGCAGAAUGCCAUUCCACAAACAGUAUACACAGCAACCAUCGAGCCCACAAAGACCGUCAUGAUUGAAGAAGAUGAUUCAGACGAUUCAGACGAUUCAGGUGUCGAAUAUAGUGACUAUGAAACACCCACCCCUCAGAUCGGGAGCAACAGAGCGCUUGCUACUAAUAGCGAGGACUUCAAAGAACCGGAAACCCUCAGCAAACCCACAGCUGACGAGACCACUCACGAAUCACAGCCGACCCUGACCAUCCAAUCUCCAAUCACAAGCCCGACUAUAGAUGACGUUAGUCGCCAUGUCGACCAAGAUGAGCAGAUCUCUGAUCUUGUCAAAGAAUGCACCCGCCUUGAGACCCGCGUCAAUGAGCUUGAACAGAGCAUGGCAGAGCUUGAAAUGGUCAAAAAGAACGCAGUGGAGGAAAAUAACCAUUUGCAUGAUAUGCUCAAGGACGCUCAUGAACUGAAUGAGCAGAAAACCAAGGAAAUCGAGGAGCUCCAUGUUGUCGCAUUCACGUCUUCCAAAGAGCUGGCCGAUCCGGUCGAUGAGAACAAGCCAUCAUAUGAUGAGCUCUUGGAACAGCUCACGGAGCAGCAGCAAGUGACAGAGCAAGUCCGCCAAGAAGCAUCAAGUUUCCUUGAAGAAAUGAGGGCUCUCACAGAGACAAGAUCCGAGGAGGACGACAAACAACGAGCUUUGAUCCGGGACCUUCGAACCGAAAUCGAGCAAUGGAAAGUUAGGUACAGCCAGCUGGCUGACACUAUGCGAGAAAAUGGGGGUAUAGUUGCAAUGCCGCCUUUGGAUUCGCAAUCACAGUACGUUGACAAGAGCGGCAAAAUUUCCUUUGCGGCCGCCAGGGAGUUCCGAAGUGCAAUCGACACGCUGGUCGUGGAUGCACGCACUCGACCCGAAAACUUGCUCGAUCUACUGCAUGAUGUUAUUCUUGCUACUCGUCGUAUUAGCAAGGAAGCCGGCGAACAGGAUGUCCGUUAUAAUACCUACACAAGUCUCAUUUCGCGGACUGCAAACCAGCUCAUCUCUGUCGUGAGGAAUAUGACAGUUGCAGGAGGGCUUUUACCAUUCCUUUUACUGGAUGCUGCCUGCUCUGAUCUUGGGUUUGCUGUUGUGGAGCUUUUUAAAGCCGCUCGUCUCAGACCAGAAGAGGCUGGUGGUGGAGGUCUCAGAGUAUCUCUCCCGUUUACGGCUACAUCUGAAUCUUCAACAACCGUAGAGACUUUGGUGCCAGCGCACUUUGGACCCCCAUCACCCGAAGCGUCGCCUGUUCCCGAUUCUACGCCCGAAUCGCCUUCAAAGGCCGCUAAACCAGAGCAGAACACGUUUGUUGUCCCGACCCUACCCCCUGAUAGUUCUAUUGCAGAACUACAGACAUAUCUCGAGGAACAGACAUCAGAGACUGUAGAUUCUAUUCAAAGUCUGCUCAGUGGCAUUCGUGACAAUGAGAAGGUUUUGGAGCUCAAACCCAAGGUUCAGCAGAUCUCCGUGCUGGUUCGCAGAAUGCUCGAGGCCACAGGAAGCAGUAUGGCACAGACACGUAACUGGCUUUUGAGAGACAAGGGUUCUUUCAUUUUACAGAAUCUGGCGGACUGCUCCUCCCGAAUGGAAGCCUUGUACGACGAACUCGACAGGUUAGAUGGGCAAGAGCACGCCAAGCGCCAGCUGAAACAGCGUCUUGCCGGUCAGCAUCAAAUCAGAAAUCGAGCAGAUUGA